UUGUUUACCACACUCAGCUCUUGUUUCAUUAACAUAGCUGUUGUUCACCACCCCCAGGUCUUGUUUGCCACCCACAAUACUUGUGUAACACCCACAAUUCUUGUUUGCCACCCUAAGCUCUCGUUCACCUACUUAGUUGUUGUUCACCAUCCCCAGCUCUUGUUUACCACCAUCAGCUAUUGUUCACCACCCUGGGUUAUUUUUACCACCCUAGCUUUUGCCAACCCUCCGUUCCGGUUUACCACCCGCAGAUCUUGUUUACCACUUCCAGCUCUUGUUCACCGCCCUCAGCUCUUGUUUACCACCCCCAAUACUUGUUUACCACUCACCAUUCUUGUUUGCCAACCUCAACUUUUGUUAACCACCUUAAGCUCUUCUUCACCAGCCGAAGCUCUUGUUGUUGUUAACCACUCUCGGAUCUUCUCCCGUUUACUACCCAAAAAUCUUGUUUACUGCCCUCAGCUCUUGUUUACCACCCUCGGUCUUUCUUUACCACUCGUAGGUCUAGUUUACCACCCCCCGUUCCUGUUCACCACCCGCAGUUCUUGUUUACCACUUCCAGCUCUUGUUCACCACCCUCACAUCUUGUUUACCACCCCCAAUACUUGUUUACCCCUGACGAUUCUUGUGUACCAUCGACAAUUCUUGUUAACCACCUCAGCUUUUGCUUAA